AAGACCUUUUUAGAUCAUAGUAAUCAUCCUUGUUCUGCGUUAUGUGUUAUUCGUGCAACGGUUUCCAGGUUCUACUGGGGAAAAUUAUGCAGGAAAUGGUUUGUGCUUGUGGAUCGUGUGUAAUGUGAAAGAUGCAAUGUGAAAGAUCAGUUAUUUGUUGGGUUCUGUACGAUGUAUUUAUUCUCUAAGCAAGAAAUUUUAGCCCGUGACACUUCAUUUUCCUGUUCAAAACAAUAUAUUACCUUAACUUAAGAAACAAGAUGAGUGGUCUUCCUAAAAGAUUGCACGAGGAGGGAAACCGUCCCACCUUUUCCUCAAAACGAUCUCUAGAAGACAUUAUUGCUUCUCCUAACCUUAAUCCUAAUCUUGCGGGAAGGCCUAGCCAGUCAAUAGGAAAUGAAUACUUCCCCUCCUUUGAACACGGAAAAGAUGGGCGAGCAGCAAAAAUACCAAGACUUGAACCUCGCGACUCUGAUAAACGAUCUUCUGUUAUUAUUCUACCGUAUCAUAAUAUGGUCUCUUCUUCAAUUGACCCCCACAUGGAGCACCCCUGUAAUUUUGAUAACCGAAUGGAAGCGAGGGAUGCCAAAGAUAGCCGUGAUCCUAAGCUUGAUAAUAGAGAGAAUAGGGGAGAUACCAGUAGGGAGCCGUACAUUGAGGCAAGAGUGGAAUCUCACUCUGUCAAAGUCGAGAAGGAUUUAAAACUAGAGAGUAGAGUAGAUGACAAGGAUUUGAAGCUCGAGCGGGAUGUGGAUUUCAAGCGUGAAAUUAAGGUGGAAAAGGAUGGGGGAAAUACACACGUGAACUGGAAAGACUCUAAGGAUCAAACUUGGAAAAGAAUCCCUGAUUCAGAUGGCUGGCGACAAUUGACACGGACCAGUGUGCAUAAUACAGAGGAGACAGAGAAAGAAGCUUCGACAGUUGAUGAUGGGAAUUGCACGGAUGCACAAGAGGCUGUUGGGGAGAACAAACUUGAUUGGAAAUGUGAGGAGAAGUUCAAUGAGAAGGAGAGAAAAAGAAAAGAUGAAAAGAUUCAUGAUUGGGGAGAAAAGGACCGGGAGAGAGAUGACCGCCGAAGUAAUAUUCCAUUUGGUGCUAACAAUGUUGAACGCAGGGAGACGAUGAGAGAAGAAAGAGAUUCGGAUAGGUGGGAGAGGGAGAGAAAAGAUGGAGCAAAAGAGAGGGAACGGCCAAAGGACAAGGAAUCUAUUAAGAGAGAGUCCAUUGAUGCAAAUGAUACAGAGAACUCACAUUAUGAAAAGGAAAUUGUUGAUGGAUCCAUGAAAGUUCCAGACCAAGAUAAUGCAACAAUUGAACAAAAGCGUGGCAAAGAAUCUGAUAGUCGGAAGGGUGAUAGGGAUUUGAAGGACAAGAAGAAAGAUAAGGAUCUAGAUGCUGAAGGAGAUAGGCAUGAUAAGCGUGGCAGGUGUAUUGAUAAGGAUUCUGAUGAUGGUUGUGUUGACGAAAAUGGGACAAUUGAAAGGGAGAGAGAAGGCUUUUCUUAUGGUGUUCAACAACGUAGAAGGAUGCUGCGUGUUAGGGGCACACCUCAAAGGGAACCUCGGUCUCGGUUUCGCCCGAGGGAUAUUGAAGGGUCUCAAGGAAAGUCGGAAGUGCCAACUGUUGUUUAUAAAGUAGGUGAAUGCAUGCAAGAGCUGACAAAGUUGUGGAAAGAGUUUGAAGAAUCCCAGGCUACAAAGAGUGGUGACAGUUCUAAUAGUGAAGGUCCUACUUUGGAUGUUAGGAUUCCCUCUGAAUAUGUGACUACCACGAAUCACCAAGUUAGAGGAAGCCAGAUAUGGGGAACAGAUGUGUAUACUGAUGAUUCAGAUCUUGUGUCUGUCCUCAUGCAUACAGGUUAUUAUCGGCCAACAACAUCUCCGCCUCCACCUACCAUCCAUGAAUUACGUGUGACAAUCCGAGUGCUUCCACCUCAGGAUUGUUAUGUUUCCACAUUGAGACACAGUGUCCGAUCACGUGCUUGGGGAGCUGCUAGUGGUUGUAGUUAUCGCGUUGAAAGAUGCCGCAUAAUAAAGAAAGGUGGUGGAAGCGUAGAUCUUGAGCCUUGUGUCACACGCAUUUCUGCAGUGGAACCAACUCUAGCUCCUACUUCCAUAGAACGUACAAUGACUACCAGAUCAGCAGCAUCGAGUGCAUUACGACAACAAAGAAUUGUACGAGAAGUCACAAUUCAAUACAACCUAUGUAAUGAACCAUGGCUUAAGUACAGUAUAAGCAUAGUUGCUGACAAAGGGCUAAAGAAGACCAUGUAUACAUCUGCACGCCUAAAGAAAGGAGAGGUUUUGUAUGUUGAAACACAUUCACACAGGUAUGAACUGUGCUAUAAUGGAGAGAGAACCGUCUUAAAUGGUUCAGGAGGAAUGGGAUCUACAGAGAGGGGGGCAAGUAUGGAAUCCGAGAAGCUUCAUAACCAAAACCAUACUCAAAAUGGGGACCGCAGUCAUAGCCGUACAAUACAUGAGAAUGAGAGAGAAAUUACAGAUGCUUUCCGUUGGUCUCGGUGCAAGAAACCACUGCCGAUGAAAGCCAUGCGCAAUAUAGGCAUCCCAUUACCUAUUGAGCACGUUGAGGUGCUCCAAGAAAAUUUGGAUUGGGAAGACUUCGAGUGGUCAAAGACAGGCGUGUGGGUCGCCGGUAAGGAGUAUGCACUUGCUCGAGUGCAUUUCCUUUCACCGAAUUAACAUCUAUUUUGCGGCGGUGACACUGUUUAUUUGUGGCAUUCUUAUAGUUGUAAAAUUAAGUUAAUGGUAAAGAAUUAUUGGUGAAUUUAUAUGUUGUAUAAGCAGCAUUCUUUGUUGUUUAAAAUUUUUAUAGUGGUUAUGCCUUCUUUUUCUCUCACUCAGAGACAAACA